AUGUCGAGGCGCAAGCAGGCGAAACCCCAACACAUCAACUCCGAGGAGGACCCAGGGGUGCAGCAGCCGGCCCCGGACUCUGCAGAGACCGCCCCAGCGGCGCCGGCGGCGGGGCAGCCGGGGGCUUCACUGAGUCAGCCCAGUGGGGAUGAUGCCAGCACAGAGGGAGCAGUGGCUAAGCGGCCCCGGCGGGAAGAGACGCAUGUCUGUGAGAAAUGCUGUGCUGAGUUCUUCAACUUCUCCGAGUUCUUGGAACAUACGAAAACUUGCACUAAACUCCCACCUGUCCUUAUCAUGAAUGACGCCGAGGGUCCGGGGCCCGCUGAUAACUUGGCAGGGGUCAUAAUGAGCCCCCCCACACCCAGUCCUGGCCGACAGGAUGGCCCCUGGGAAGACACAGGGGUCAGCACCAAGGACUCGCGAGAAAAGGUGCUCAGUGCAGAACCCUACUUGAAGACAGAGGGGGGUACCCUGCCUGUCCCCCCUCAGGACAUGAGCUAUCUCCCCAAAGGCAAAGUAGCCAGCACGAAUGUUACCCUGCAGGCAUUGCGGGGCACAAAGGUGGCGGUGAACCAGCGGAGCGCAGAUGCCCCAGUCACCCCCUUGCCUGGGGCCAGCAGCCUCCCGUGGGUGCUGGAGCAGAUCCUGUGCUUACAGCAGCAGCAGCUCCAGCAGAUCCAGCUCACCGAGCAGAUCCGUGUGCAGGUGAACCUGUGGGCUUCUCAUGCCCUACACGCGGGCGCCGAGCCCCUCAAGACACUGAGCGGCCACAUGUCACAGCAGGUCUCAGCGGCUGUGGCCUUGCUCAGCCAGAAAGCGGGGACCACGGCUCUGUCGCUGGACACCCUGAAGCCAGCCAAGCUACCUCAUGCCACCCCACCCUCCGCCAGCCGGGAGGUGUCCCAGGGCUUGGCCGCCUUGGCCCUGAAGCCAGAUGGACCCCGUGUGGUCCCCAGCGUUCUGUCGCGGCUCCCCGGCGCGUUGCUACCUCAGGCCCCCGGCUCGGUGCUCUUCCCGAGUUCUUUCUCCACCGUGGCCUUAGACCCAUCCAAGAAAGGCAAAGGGAAGCCCCCCAACAUCUCCCCGGUGGAUGCCAAGCCCAAAGAUGAGUCUGCCCUCUACAAACACAAGUGUAAGUACUGCAGCAAGGUUCUGGGGACCGAUAGCUCCCUGCAAAUCCACCUCCGCUCCCACACUGGAGAGAGACCUUUCGUGUGCUCGGUCUGUGGCCAUCGGUUCACCACCAAGGGCAACCUCAAGGUGCACUUUCAUCGCCACCCCCAGGUGAAGGCCAACCCUCUGCUCUUUGCUGAGUUUGUGGGCAGCAGCGGCUCCCCCACUGUCCCUGUAGAUGAAGCGAGUCUCACCUUAGACAGCAAGCCUGUCCUGGCUACAGGCACCCCCCACGUAGGGCUACCUCAGAAUCUCUCCUCCGGGACUCACCCCAAGGACCCCCUGGGCGACCCGCAGCCUGGUCCCUCUCCAGAAAGCGAGGAGGGCGCCCGGCUCUCCGGGUUGGGGCCCUCACAUCACACUUCCCCACGGGGCUGCGGCUUCCAGGGCAGUAGUCGGACCCCUGAGCCGGGUUCCGAGACCCUGAAGUUGCAGCAGCUGGUGGAGAACAUCGACAAGGCCACUACCGACCCCAAUGAGUGUCUCAUCUGCCACCGUGUCCUGAGCUGCCAGAGUUCCCUGAAGAUGCAUUACCGAACCCACACCGGGGAGAGGCCUUUCCAGUGCAGGGUGUGUGGCCGCGCCUUCUCCACCAAAGGCAACCUCAAGACGCACCUCGGGGUCCACCGCACCAGCACGGUAGUCAAGAUGCAGCACUCCUGUCCUAUUUGCCAGAAGAAGUUUACCAAUGCCGUCCUGCUGCAGCAGCACAUCCGCAUGCACAUGGGUGGCCAGAUCCCUAACACGCCUCUUCCUGAGCCACCCUGCAAUCCUGCGGGGCCUGAGGUGGUGGCUCUAGCGGAGACCGGAGCCACCACGGGCCACGACCACAGUCCUCUCGAUUGUCUCGAGGGGGAUGAAGGCAGUGCUCAGGAUGCACCCAGCAGCUCCUCCAAGGUGCCUCUGCCUGUGCCUCUGCCCAGCCUCCACGCUGGCUCACCUAGCCUGGGGCUGCCCGUGCUGCCGCCCUUGGAUGCCCCAGGGAAAGUGGGUCCUGCUCCUCUGGUCCUGCAGAGACAGAGUAGCAGGGAGAACGGCUCAGUCGAGAGUGACGGCUCGUCAUCCUCAUUGAUGGGAGACCAGGAGUACCAGAGCCGGAGUCCAGAUGCCCUGGACACCUUGCCCUUCCAGGCCCUCUCCCCGGCCACUAGCCAAGCAGAAAGUGCUCGGUCCAGGUCUCCUGAGGCUGGCGGCAAAGCAGAGGGCUCCGAGAGUGGCCGCCUCGACUUGGAAGGUCGGAGCAGUCUCCCCUCAACGCUAAUCCGAUCACAGCCCACGCAUGUCAAAGUCGAAGUUCCUGGUACCUUUGCUGGACCCGGAACCCUGUCACCUGGCCUGACUCCUUUGCUGGGGGCCCAGCCACGCCGUCAGGCCAAGCAACAUGGCUGUGGGCGGUGUGGAAAGAACUUCUCAUCGGCCAGCGCGCUGCAGAUUCAUGAGCGUACCCACACGGGGGAGAAACCUUUUGUGUGUAACAUCUGCGGGCGGGCUUUCACCACCAAAGGCAACCUGAAGGUCCACUAUAUGACGCACGGGGCCAGCAACAGUUCUGCCCGCCGCGGGAGGAAGCUGGCCAUCGAGAACACCAUGGCGCUGCUGGGGGCUGACGGGAAGAGAGCUCCCGAGAUGCACCCCAAGGAAGUGCUGGCCCCGGCUGUGAACGUGGACCCCGCCAUGUGGAGCCAAUAUACCACCAUGCUCAACGGCGGCCUGGCCAUGAAGACCAAUGAGAUCUCAGUGAUCCAGGGUGGAGGCAUCCCCACGCUGCCCGUGUCACUGGGCGCCAGCUCCCUGGUCAACAGCAGCCCACUGGCCAAGCUCGAUGGCUCCCAGGCAGCCCUUGGGGCUGAGGUGGAGAAGCCUGAAGCAGCCAACAGCCUCCCCCCGCACCAGUUCCCCCAUUUCCUGGAGGAGAACAAGAUUGCUGUCAGCUGA